UAACUAUUUUAUUCCACAACAAUUUUACUAUACCAUACAAAAAUAAACCGGCAUUUCAAUCGCUGCGAAGUUGGUAAAUAAUUUUUCAUACGUUCUCCCAUUCUGUACCGGCGCAAACUUCACCUCGGUCGCCAUUUGCGCCACGAGACGAGAAAGAUUGCUGGCAGGACUUUUCUGUGAAAAUAUAGGUUAUUGUGAUUAUUAAGUUGUUAUCCGUGCUUAAAACAGUUAAAAUCAACAAUUAAAAAACUGUGUAACAAGUUUAAAAGUCUUCAAAGCACAGGAAGUGCAUCAAAUAACAGAGUGGCCCCGGCAAUGAAUAUAGGAACACGCGCCAAUAGCAGAUACACAUCAGUGCCUCAAUAAGUGUAAAAAUUUUGUAUAACCACGUGAACAUUUGAUGGACUAACAAUGAAAAUUCCUGAGACUUCGGCCAACGUUGGUGCUUACUACGGCAACGAAGAGAAUGGACAGUGGCAGCCAAACGGAGUGAUGCUGGACUCGGGUGUGGGCGGGGGCGUGGUGGGGUCGGGGGACGCGGGCGUGCAGCGCGCCCCGCUCUACCCCGUGCACCUGCCGCGACAGCACAUGCCCGGUUACGUGAUGGCCGGCGCGUACUAUCCCCCGGCGCCGUACGCUGCGCCCGCGCCGGACGACUUCGCUGACUACAUGUGGAUGGAGAACGAGGAGGAGUUCGACAAACAGGUGAUGCAGCAAUUAGAAGAAGAAGCCCUAAUGGAACAGUGUAUAGAGGCGAUGUUGGAGGACGAGCAGCGUGAGCGACACCGCCCCAACACACACCACUACCCCACAACGAGUAACGGCGCGGCCUCACUGUCGCUGGAGGAGACCGUGUCGCGGUCGCGGCUCAACCCGCUCGCGGCCGAGUUCGUGCCCACCGCCGCCGCCUCCGCCGCGACACCCGCGACCCCCGCGACCCCCAACACCACAGAAGAGAAGACUGAGCCGGCGGAAGCGCCCGCCGCAACAGAGUCCCCGCCCGCGGAGCCCGCCGGCGAACACACAGACACACACACGGAACCACUGCAAGAGCCCUCGCCGCCGCCGGAGCCCGCGGCCGCGGACCGGCGCAGGGACAAGCACAAGCGGGAGCUCAAGAGGAAGGAAGCGAACACUGUCGCCGUCCGCUCUGACUCCAAACUGGACAGGACCGAAGUGGAUUGUCCACAGGAUAAUAAGCCUGCGCCAGCGCCAGCGCCAGCAGAAGAGCCUUCAGACCCGAAGCCCAUCAACUACGCAGCCGCAGCGAAGGCCAACAAACCCAAGAAGCCCGCCUCCCCACCCGCCUCUGAUAAGGCCUCUCCCCCGCCCUCCGCCCCCAAAACAGACAAGAAGAAGGAGAAACCUGUCCAGAGGAAGAACUCGGCCAAGUGAGGAAGAGCGUGAUCGUAGUGAGUGUGAAUAGUAGUGUCUAUCGGAGUUUUGUGUUUUUGUGUUACUUUAAUAGUUUUCGGUUCACGGUUGGCAUACAACAUAAAUACAAUCAAGACACAAGUUUUAGCAAUAAAAUAACACGUUCGAUAAGUAAUAAAUUGUAAAAUAGGAGAUAUUUUAAGAUGUGGACACUUAUUUGUCACAAAGAUAUGUAGACGUGUUGAGUAAAAUGUAUAUUUGACUUAUAAGUUACAAUAGUUGUAUGAAGAAUAGGUGUUUUUUUUGGUCAUUUAAUAUAAAAAGUAUUUAUCAAUAUUUUUCUGAAUAGAAUCGAUCUUAAAUCUUCAUUUGCUUGCCAAUUUCACAAGAGUAUUAUAAGAAAAUUUACUUGUUAUCAAAUUAUCGAAUAAUACAAAUUAGCACACCAAUUUUAACGAAUAUUUAACGUAAUUUAGUAUAUAUAUUUUUGGGGCUCUGUCUACCUCGCGACGUAGUAAGAUGUGACAAUAUAAUACGUGUAAAACUGUGAAUCUAGAUAUUGAAGUCUAUGCGUUACUCAGUUUUUGAAGCACACAUUACACCAAAUAUAAGAAAUAUUGAAUAUUGCAAUUAAAUUUGACACAUCAAAUAUGUUGUCACUGAGAAAAGUAAAUAGGGAAUUUCUCUUUUUUAUAGAAUAUGUUUUUUUUUUUGAUCCGAAUGUUAAGAAAAAGCUUAUAGAGUCGAUUGAAUUGUGAUUGAUAAAUUGGAAAGAGACAAAAUAUAAUUUAUGUCGGUACUAAAAUGUUAAUAUGUUGCUUAGGCAUUGUAUUAUUAGGAAUAUAAUAUAUUAUUGAAUUGUUUCUGUGUGGAUGUAAUCCUUUCCAUAAUGAGAGGCGUUAAAAAAACUGUAAUAAAAGCAUUUGAAGUAAUUACACUCUAGAUCUGCCUCCGUUGUAUGACAAAAAGCAAAGUUCAGGACAAAAUUUAAACGACACUAGUAUUUUAAUUGUACUUUUACGAUACACGUGUCAUGAGUGUCUCAAGAAAUGUAAAGACGUUACACACAGCUUUUACAACAUAUUUGCAAGCUUGUAUCAUACAUAAUAUACUAUGAUUUAAUAAGUUUCGUCUACCCCGUAAAGAAUUAAGACUUACUAAAUAUAGGCCGAAGCUAUUUUGAUAAUAAUUUUAAAACACAAAACACCGGUAGCUAAAAAAGCAAACAAUUGUCCGAUGGGCAAAAAAACGACGCUCGUUGUAAACGCUGCGGUCGGGACGCCACGAGGCGCGGUUUCUUUUGUCUGCCGCAUGUGUUUUGCACCGAAAAGAUAUUAUAUUCCGUUGUUAUAGGCGAAUUUUAUAAAUAACUAACAAAAUUCAGAUUUAUUGAAGUCUUAAAUCUUUUAUAUAGAACUCUCUCUCGCAUAGUCACCGAAAAUUGUAUGCACUAUAGCAAUAUUACAUGUGAUUUUUAAGGGGAGGGUUGGAGGGCAUAUGCGCUAAGUUUUUCCUUACAAGUCGCACUAUGUAAGCAAUCUCACCAGUGUCAAAAAUGAAUUUUCAAAGAAAUCACUUCCGCGGAUAAUAUUUUAAUUUAGAAUUCAAAUAAGAAUUAAUUAUUUAAAGGUUUGAACUGAUAUUCGAUUUGUUUUCAACAAUAAAUACUGUGAACAUUGUUUACAUGUAAGAAAAAACUAGUGUAUAUGCAAACUUUUAGUUAAAAUACAAUUUCUAAAGUAUUUGUAGAAUGUAAAGAUUUUGUAUAUAAAUUGUCUUACACGCUCCCAUUUAUAAGUUAACCAAUUUCGGUCAAAAUAUGUUUUGUCUCGUUCUACCAAUGUCGAAUGUUGUUAAAUUAUUGGCACAUAACACAUUUUGACUAAAAGUUUUCGCAGUUUUAUUAAUGAGAGGGUAAAAAGACUGGUUGUUUAUAAAAGUCGCCUUGAUGUAAUAAUAAUAUUAAUAUUUAGCAAUAUUGCCGUGCAAAUGACAAAAUAAACCGACGCUUGAGAAACAAAGUCUUAGGUUUCACUGCCAUUGCUGAUAAAAACCAUAAAUUGUUAUCCAAACAAUAUUAGCCUUCGCCAUACUAUCUAUAAAAUUGUCCAAUAUUGAAAAUAGAAUGUAUUGUAAAUUUUCUUGCGAUAUUAUAAACUGGAAUUAUAUUUUUAGAAUAGUUUAUAGUCUGUCGUAACAAAAAUUACGAACUGUCGUGUCAAUAGUAUUGUUUUCCGUUUUUUUUUUUGUCUCUGUUUUAUUAUCUAAUAUUUAAUUUUCGCUUAUUUAAAUUAUUUACAGAAUUGUAUUUAAUGGCAGUCUCACCUAACUCGCUCGUAGUAAAUGUAUGUUUAAAUUAUAAUUAUGAUAAAUCUAGUAUAUAUGUGAUAUUGACCGUAAGCAUUUUUUUUUUGAAACUUCUAAUGAAAAAAAAAAAGUAAAAAAUUGUAUAAAAAUAAAAUAUUAUAUUGUAUUAUGAUAUAUAGUCUCCCCGGCUGGGUAUUGUGUAUAAUAAGGUGGUUUUGUUUUUCGUUAUAUUUUCGUAAGUGAAAUAUUUUGAGGAAAUCUUCUAAACAAACGUUGCUUCACGCAGACUUUACGAAAUAUUGAAUUAAGUUCAACAAAAUUAUAAUGUUUAGGCAAAAAUAGUAGUUUUAAAAUGGUGACAAUAUUUUAUCUUUUUAAUUUUAAUGUUUCUUUUUUAAAUUUAGGGCCCAGUCGGUGGCGUAGAGGUAAGAUUCAGUGACAUAAAAAAUAUAUAUAAUAAUUAAAACAAGAUUAAGAAAUUAUAAAUAAGAAAAGCGCCUAAAAUAUUAGCGUGAAUAAAAUAUUUUUUUCGUUAAAAAAAAAAAGCGAAAAAUCCUUUUUUAUGUCACUGGGUCCGCUUAGGAGAUAGCCGUUUGGCAGUCCACUAAUAAUCCUAUGUAGAAAAUUAAAAAAAAGUCUUGUACAUUUUAUGAAAGUUAAAUAAAAAUGUAUAUGAAAAAAAAGUGCACCAGUGUUUUAUGGGUAUACAAUUAUUUAAAUUAGUGAGUAAAAUAUAUUAUGUAGUCCCAUUUCAUACGAGACUCAUAUAGGAAAAUUUAUAUUUGAUGGUCGAAAAUAUUUAGAAAAAAUUAGAUGUAAUGUUGGUGCAAUUUUAUGUAAUGUUAAUACACUAUCAAUAAUUAAUAACGUAGUCAUAACUUUGGAUAAAAUAUGCUUCGAGACCUAAUGCAGGCUAUACACUGCUGGUUUUUCGUCGCCGUAAAAAAAAGCAUCUCAUACAAAUUACUCAAUGUACGUAUAUGAGUUCGGCGAUGCUAUGUAGGCGGCAUAACACAUCAGUCUAGCGUUUUAGCGCAAUUGUAAUAAAUUAAUAAUAAUUAAAAACAAAAAGACACGCAUAGAUAUCAUUGCCAUACGUUUUUUUCUAUGAGUUUCGUGUGAAAAACGUUCGAUUUUCGUCAUCUAGAAUAGGAAGUACCGUAUCGGUAGUAUUUGUUUAACAGGGAAAAAAUAUUCUCUCAUUUAUUUGUUAUGUCAUAAUUAUAUAUGAUUAAAAUUAGUUGUAUGUCGAGCUGAAUUUUAGAAAAAUGUUUCGUAAUGAUGCUGAUUCAUUGUAUAAUUUAGUGUCUGCGCCAUUUUGUUUUUUUUUUUUUAUGUGAUUUUCAUAAUUCUCUGUCAAAUUAUGGUAAAAUGGUUUUGUUACACAUGUCACACAUGCACCACAACUAAUAUUGAAAAUAAUGGAAUGAAAAAAACUCUGAAAUCGAACGGAAAAUCAGAACUUUUUAAUCUCAUUAUUAUUAUCAAGUGGUAAAACAUGUCGACGUCCAUUCCGACAAGUAUAAAUUGUCGUAUUCCACACAAGUAUGAUUCCGCACAUGGCAUGGAAAGCGAACUUAGCUGUGAUAUUAAAAUUUCUUAUUUAAAACGCAAACAGAGCCCCCACUAGAAAGCCAAAUGACUCUUGUCAGAUCAUCCAUUACUUAUACAAAGUUAGCCUGAACGAUGGAGCCAAAGACAGAAAACUGUAAACAAGGGGUUAGCGUAGCCACAUGAGAUAAAAUAAUUCAACCUUGCUCGUGAUAAGAAGCCCUUAUAAGCCGAUACCAGAUGUGGGAGAUAAAAUAUAUAUUAGCACUGUGUCACUAUUAGUCAGUGAUUAAUAAUAGUGUUUUCUGUCUGCAGACAGAGCCACAGGAUUUAAUUUUAAAAAUCCACGUAGGACAAUCCACUUGAUAAUAUAUAAUGAUAAACAAAAUUCACAAAUAAUUGCGAUGAAUUAGAGAAUUGUAGACAUUCAGGUAGUAUUUUUGUAAAUUUGAAAAACCGUUUUAAAAAGCAGGUUAAAAAUAAAUGUGAAGGCGUUUAGUUUUAUCCUAUAGGUUCUACCCAUCACUAUAUAUAUAUUUAAGUCUUCAGGAAAUCUAUUUCUCGCAUUAUAGAAAUGUUCACAAGUUAUCAAAUAUUAUUAAUUCUCGUCCAGUGGAGUAUUUUGCGUUAGAGGUGAGGUAAACUACUUCAUGAAAUACAACAGUUUCUGAGUGAUGUCGGAACAGAACUAUAUAAUGAUGAAAUAUGUAAAUAAAUAGCCUUAUCACACCCAUUUUUGUUCAUGUAUAUAGCUAAAUAAUUGUAUUAUAAUCACAUUAAUAUAAAAUUACAAAGUGGGAUAUUGAGAAUACGCGCGAUGCGUACCGCUACAGUGAUUUAGGGUUUAAACCCGGUAGUAGUAACCCGGUAAGCAGUCCUGGUAAUUAAUCGGGACAAUAGUCUGCGUAAAGCCGUUUUCGGUUCAUAAUUCAUAUUAUUAUUUUAGAAAGACACAAGUAUCGUAAUUUAUUUUGGUUGUAAAUAGGUGUAACUUUUGUCUACCGUGUUUCUGAGUUCAUCUCUCAUUCUCUUGCUGUGUACCUGGGGUCCGUGUAGAAAAUCAACAUGUGAUUUCACGACUGCCUGCCUGACGGCAACCAUAAUAGGAAUGCUAUUGUUACUUGUUAUCGGAUAUGGAGUGGUCCUUUUCUAAGGCGGGAACCCCACUCCUUACAUAUACAUCUAUACUGUAACUACUACAUUUUCUUGCACUUUUUUUUUUAUUAAAAAAUAUACUACAUACUUACUCUGAACCUGUUUACAACCAGUUUAAUUAUGGUCGUUUAAAUAAUAAUUAUAUAAAGUAUUCGUUAUAAUGUUUGACCAUUCGACUAUGUAUAAUUUUGAGAUAGACGUAUGAUGGUAAAUUUUUAUAGUUCACAAAUUCGUUUUUAAGUAAAAUGCAGUAAGUAAAUAUGAAAUGGUG